AUGGGACAAGAGCAAUCCGCCGUGCUGCAGUCCCCCGGCUUAACAGCAGCAGAAGCGCGUUUGCGCCCAACCGCCAAAAAGGAGACAAGAAGAGCAGCAAGAACUUUGAAGCGGUCAGCUCCAGACCGAUUUAUGGGCCUGGCGGACGUGAAGGACCACAUAAAGCCAAUAAGAGAAAAAGAAGAAAAGAAAAAAGAAGAAGAAACUUUCGAAGGACUUUUUGAUCUUGCGAAGCAGCUCAAGGAGGAAAAAAAGAAGAAAGAGGAGUUGGAGGUUUCUGUUUUGGACCUUCCGGAGACUUUGGAAGAACCUUUAAGUUCCGAAGAAGAAGAAGAAGAAGACAGAGGAGUUUUCCACAAAGAUGUUUCUCUUUUGAAACAGACUAAUGACAUUUUCCAUCCAACUUGCCACCCCGUCGCCAUCGAAGGGGAAGUGGCAGUUGGCUCUAUUCUUACCUUCAGAGAUGACUCUCCCUACAGCAGGGAGUUUUGUGUUUACAAAAUAGAAUGGGUGGAGAGUUUGUCUGUGGGGGAAAGCGAAGUUUUCAGCAUUUUACCCCUGGCCUUUGGAGCUCCAGAUGUUUCUUUAGAAGUUCCUCCAGAGAGUCUUGGGAAGUACAUUUGCGUCAAGGCUUACCGCAGAGUCGAAGACCAGCUCCGAGACACUGAGUUGGCCAUUCCAGAGGACGGAGUGUACGACCAGCACAUUGGCAACUACAGGCGGAGAACAGGCGUUGCUGCUGCUGCUGCUGCUGCUGCAGCAGCAGCAGCAGCAGCAGCAGGCGCAGCAGCAGCAGGCAAACCAGCAGCAGCAGCAAGUGCUGCAGCAGAAGUCGUCUCCUCCUGCAUCGGGGGCCCCGUGCUGCUGGCAGCAGAUGUGGGGCUUACUAUUCUUAAGGCCCUUGCGCGGGGAGGGUUUAGCUGCGCAGUCAAACUCAGAGAUGUCCUCGACGACACUGGCAGGGCAGUGCCUCUAGAAAGAGACCCAGUGAGAGCCGCAAAAGCCAAAGUCAAAAUUCCGGCAACUUUCACAAUAGAUGACAGCGUGCUGGAGCUGCGUUAUCCGAAAGACUUGAUAAGUAUUGAUGAAAAUGGAAGAAUUAAAAUAAAUAAAAUUAAAGAUCCUGCUGCUUCCGAGAAAGCCACUAUUGAACAGUCUCUCGAUCGCGUCGCGGUGAGGGCGUCUAAGGGUCCCGAGACACUUGUUUUGGCUUUGCCGCUGAAGACGCAACGCAUUGCGCUGGGGGACCAUCAGCAGCACCAGCAGCAGCUGCUGCUGCUGCACCAGCAGCAGCAGCAGCAGCAGCAGCAGCAGCAGCUAAUUCGCUUCGACGUGGACCCCGCAGUUGGCCGCGAUGUUGUGCUGCACCACUGUUUUGCUUUUCAAGCAGUUAGGCGGGCUCGGCUCUCUCGCUCCACUUUGGACUCAUGGUAUAACACGGGCAACUUGCAGGCACUGCGGGAGGCGGUUCAGAACUUCCUAGAAGUGGAGUCGCUGGCGGUGGUGGAGGCGCCGGCUUUGGAGAAAAUGGGAACAACUCCUUGGUCGAUUUUGAACGCGAGAUUUUGA